AUGGACCCUGAAAACCAAUGGGAUCAAAUCCUGGUCAAAAUUAAAGACUACGUCUUCUAUCAUGAAAUUACCAGUGAGAAAGCAUGGUCUCUGAUUCGAGUCGCAUUUCUCGAUGCCGUGGGAUGUGCAAUUGAAUCAGUCACCAAAAGCAAAGAUUGUCAUCAUUUGAUCGGCCCUGUUGUCCCAAGGAGCGUGACACCAGACGGGUUUAAGCUCCCUGGUACUUCGUAUCAGCUUGAUCCCGUCAAGGGCGCAUUUGACCUUGGGUUGAUGAUCCGAUAUCUAGACCACAAUGAUGCCCUUGGAGGGGCCGAUUGGGGACAUCCGUCAGACAACCUUGCGGCGAUUCUCGCAGUCAUGGACUGGCUCGCGCGUGGAGCUCAAUCAGGAACUCGACAAGCUCCCAACAUGCCGCCAUUGACCAUGCGAACCUUGUAUACGGCCAUGAUCAAAGCCUACGAGAUCCAAGGCUGCUUUCUGAUCAAGAAUGCCUUCCAUAAGAAAGGGCUUGAUCAUGUCAUUCUGGUUAAGCUGGCAUCGACUGCAGUAGUAUCCUGGCUGUUGGGUCUCUCCGAAGAGCAAACCCUGGCUGCUCUUUCCCAUGUGUGGAUGGAUGGAGCUGCCCUCAGGGUGUAUAGAUCCGGCUCCAAUACCAUUUCACGAAAGGGAUGGGCAGCAGCCGACGCGUCUAUGCGAGCGGUUUUUCUGACACUUCUAGUGCAGAGCGGACAGGCGGGUGCACCGAGGGCCUUGACGAUGCCCGGAUGGGGGUUCUAUGCCCGGUCAUGGGACGGCCAGAUAUUUGACCUUCCAAGAGACUUUGGGACCUGGGCUAUUGAAAACAUCUUUUUCAAGGUCAUCCCGGUGGAAGGCCAUAGUAUUUCCGCCAUCGAGGCAACAUUGGUGCAACGCCACAGACUGCUGGAGUUGGAACGUGAUCCCAGACAAUCAAUCGAACAGAUCCGGGUGCGGAUCAAUGCAGCUGCCUAUUUUCUCAUCAACAAAACAGGUCUGCUCCGAAAUCCAGCAGACCGUGAUCAUUGUCUUCAGUAUGUUUUGGCACUGACUUUGCUGAAAGGGGCCAUUCCCCAGCCAGAGGAUUAUAGUGACAGCAGCCCGUGGGCAAGCAGCCCAGACAUACACGAGCUUCGGUCCAAGAUCGAAGUCAUUGAAGAUGAGGACUUUUCACGAGACUAUCAGGAUCCGGAAAAGAGAAGCAUUGCAUCCGCUGUGACGCUGAUCCUGGCUGAUGGACUUGUUCUUGAUGAAGUGGUCGUCGAGUAUGCGGUUGGCCAUGUGAAGCAUCCAAAAACGUUGAGCGAAGUUUACCGGAAGUUCCAGCAUAAUUUAUCUCCUUGCUUCACCUCAAUGGAAAUCCAUCAUAUCCGACAGUUAGUGGAGGACGACAGUCAGUGUGUGUCUGAUAUUGUGGAUCUCUUGUCUAGACCUAUGUAUCAACCGAGACUGUGA